GACGCAAGGUUUCACGCACAUCAGUACAGCUGCACUCGGCCGAGCAACUGGAGACGACAUCGGCAUUCGGGACUCUGCUUUUCACUACUAGAUGGGCAAAAAAUUGUUCUACUUAAACUCCAGCGGAAGGUGCUCUUGAUUUAAAUUGCAGCCUCGUUUGCGUUCCCCUGAGGCGGAGGAAACGAUAUGCUGUGCCUCCGAGAGUCCGGCGAGUGUUUGAGGGAGCACAUGAACUACAUGAUGAGAUCCCUCCAAGACCUGAAGCAUCUGAGGAGGACGUGUCCCGUGGCUUGCAGACACGCUCGGCCUCCCAGCAACACCCAGCUCCCCAUCUUUGCCGUCGGCAACCCGUCCGCAGUGCCGCUGUCUUGCCGACCCAGAGAUCAGCGUGCCCGUCUCAGAAUAUCCAGCGCCAGCACGGCCAGCACCUACGACUCAGCCUGCUGCCUGGCCGCCCCUCUGGAGGAAGAGGAGGAUGACUACGAGGACGACGGCCGCAGUAGUCGUCUGGGCUUCAACUCACCCAGUAGCCACAAGAGUUUGGACUUUGACUCCGGGUACUCUGAGGCGUCGUGGCAAGACGAAGGGGUGGUCCUCAGGAGGACGAGGAACGUACGCGUGUCAUCCUCGGCCUGCCUCCGCACCAACAGAGCGGUAGGCGGGCGCGUUAGGCCCAAAUCGACGUCAGACGCUUGUCUGGAGAGGUGGACGUCCUUCGAGGCGGGCGACCCGGAGGACUGGGCCAACGCUUUGCUGACCAGAGGACGCAGCCGCCAACCUCUGGUUUUGGGAGACAACAGCUUUGCGGACCUCGUACAGAACUGGAUGGACCUACCCGAUUGUCCCGAUCCCCUCGAGCUCAAACCAAAACCCAGACGCAGAUUGGGACGAAGCCUUUUGGGCAACAUGCGGAGGAAACUCGUCGGCUUGUCAAAGUCCGUGGAGGAGAGAGUGAGGUUGAGGUCCGCGGAUUCUCAUCUCAGCAGAUCAGCCAACGCCCCCAAGCGUCUCUCGUGUCCCGUCGUGUCAUCUGAGGCAAAGGUCCCCUUUUUCCACCAGUCCUAUUCAGCCAUUCACGAGCUGGACACAGACUUUUACCACUUUGCCGCUCUCAUGAAGUCGGGGAGCAGGCAGCCAAUCAUAUGCAAGGACAUCAUUGGCUACAUCUGACACACACAGUCACUUUAUUUUUUUUAUUUGUUGUCAUGUUUCUCACAUUUAUUUACUUAACUUGAACAAGUGAAGUCCUAUUUAAAUGCUCUGUGCUCAUAUGUAUGUACAUUGAAGUGACUCCUAUGUGAAGGAUUGUAUGUGCAAGAGGAGUUGAAGGAACAACCUGUACUGCUACACUGCAAAUAAAAUUAAAAAAAACACAA